AUGGAACUCGAAACGAUACCCGGCCCUCCUGGCCUACCCAUUGUAGGCAACAUUGCAGACAUUGAUGCGCAGAACACAAUUCUAUCUCUCUGCAACUUGACAUCAAAAUAUGGACCACUAUGGAAGUUCUAUAUCGGCAGCGCGGAGCGGAUCGUGAUCGGGUCACAAGCCCUGAUGGACGAAGUGUGUGAUGAAGAACGCUUCUCCAAGAUCAUAGCAGCCUCGCUCGGCCAAGUUCGGAACGGAGUCCAUGAUGGACUUUUCACGGCGACAGGGCCGCAAGAAAAGAACUGGGGCAUUGCGCAUCGUGUUCUUCUCCCCCAACUUGGCCCAUUGGCCAUUCGUAACAUGUUCAGCGAGAUGCACGAUAUCGCCUCCCAGCUUGUCAUGAAGUGGGCAAGACAUGGACCUAAUCACACUAUACAGGUCGUAGAUGACUUCACGCGCUUGACGCUGGAUACAAUUGCACUGUGUGCCAUGGAUUACCGCUUCAAUUCGUAUUACACCCAGCGCAUGCAUCCAUUCGUAGACGCAAUGGCCGAUUUCCUGAAGGUCAGUGGUGAUCGAGCGAGGAGGGACGCAAUCACACAGAUGUUCUACCGUGCCGAAUCACAAAAGUACUGGGAUGACAUCGAGUUAUUGCGGAAAACGAGUCAGGAUGUCAUCAAGACAAGAAGAGAAAACCCCACCGAGAAGAAAGAUCUGCUGAAUGGCAUGUUGAAUGGAGUUGAUCCAAAGACGGGUGAGAAGAUGACUGACGAAAGUGUGAUUGACAAUAUGAUCACAUUUCUCAUCGCUGGCCACGAAACGACUUCAGGUCUUUUAUCAUUCACCUUUUAUUACCUUCUCAAGAACGCGUCUGCGUACAACACUGCACAGCAGGAGGUGGAUGACGUGAUUGGGAAGAGUCCUAUCACUGUCGACCAUCUCUCGAAACUUCCGUAUUUGAACGCAGUGCUUCGUGAGAGCCUCCGUCUUUCGCCAACUGCGCCAUCAAUAGGCUUCACCGCGAACGAAGACACCGUCAUGGGCGGAAAGUUUGCUGUUAAAGCUGGUACCCCUAUCAUCGCAGUCUUCCCAAUGGUUCAUCGUGAUCCAAUCGCAUACGGCGAAGAUGCAGAAGAGUUCCGACCGGAGCGUAUGCUCGAUGACGAGUUUGAGCGCCGGAACAAAGAGUUCCCGAACUGCUGGAAGCCUUUUGGUAACGGCAUGCGAGCCUGUAUUGGUAGACCGUUCGCGUGGCAAGAGGCGCUGCUCGUACUGGCUAUGCUCUUGCAAAACUUCAACUUUACCAUGGAGGACUCGUCGUAUCAGCUGCAAAUCAAGCAAACGCUCACCAUCAAGCCGAAGGGCUUCUAUAUGCGCGCACACCUACGGAACCACGUCUCCGCUACAAGCCUUGAGCGAGCGCUGUCUUCCGCCACGAUCACCGACCCGCCUCCGGCUAAGGGCACUCUGGGAGGUAGGAAAGCGAGGACAGUAACAGGCAAACCUAUGGCCAUCUACUACGGUUCAAAUACUGGCACUUGCGAAGCCCUCGCAAACCGACUCGCCAGUGAUGCUGCGAACCAUGGCUUCAGGGCUGAUGUCGUGGAUACCUUAGACUCUGCACGAGAGAAUCUGCCAACAGAUAAGCCGAUUGUCAUCAUCACAGCUUCUUACGAAGGGCAGCCUGCUGAUAACGCGGCGCAUUUUGUCAACUGGGUUGGUGCUCUCAAGGAGACAGAGCUGGACAAUGUGUCUUACUCGGUAUUCGGCUGCGGCCACCGUGACUGGGCCAAGACUUUCCACAAAGUACCAAAGUACCUCAACAGCACAUUGGAGAGCCGCGGCGCUACGAGGUUAGUGGAGAUGGGCUCUACUGAUGCAGCGCAGGGUGACAUCUUCACUGAUUUCGAGACGUGGGAAGACAAGGUCUUCUGGCCCGCCAUGCGGGAGAAGUACGGGUCGGCUGAGGCCGAUGGUGAUUCCCUUGAGACGACUCUCGACGUUGAAGUUUCAUCACCGCGAUCAUCAACGCUGCGUCAAGAUGUUCAAGAGGCUCGGGUUGAGGAAGUCGAAGUUCUCUCGGGUUCCGGCGUGGCGGAAAAGAGGCACAUCGAGAUCAGUCUUCCAUCAGACAUGACAUACUCUGCUGGCGACUACCUCGCCAUUCUUCCCCUUAACCCGAAAGAGAACAUUCAUCGCGCAAUGAGAUACUUUGGUCUGUCAUGGGAUAGCUCGCUCACCAUAUCCUCCGCCGGACCCACGACACUUCCCACAGAUACACCCAUCAGCGCCAUGGAUGUUCUUGGUGCUUAUGUCGAGCUUGCCCAACCGGCGAGCAAGCGCAAUCUUCUCGCUCUUCUGGAGGCAACGAGCGACGACGGCACUAAGAAGGAACUCGCACGCCUUGGCGACGAAGCCUUCACCGAAGAAAUUACCACGAAACGUGUCUCUAUCCUCGACCUCCUCGAGCGCUUUCCUUCCGUUCAGCUGCCACUCGGCGUCUUCCUUAAGAUGCAGCCGCCCAUGCGCGUCCGACAGUACAGUAUUUCCUCGUCGCCGCUCUGGAAUUCAAACAAUGUCACCCUCACAUACGCAGUCGUCGACCAACCUGCCUUGAGCGGGCAAGGCCGAUAUGUCGGCGUUGCGACUAAUUAUCUAUCCAAUCUCACACAAGGGGAUAAGUUGCAUGUCAGUGUGCGUGCGUCGCAUCAAGCGUUCCAUUUGCCAAAGGACGCGAAGAAAGUGCCGGUGAUUAUGAUUGCUGCAGGAACUGGUCUCGCCCCCUUCCGCGGCUUCAUUCAAGAGCGCGCCGCCCAGCUCGCAGCUGGUCGUACCCUCGCACCGGCCAUCCUCUUCUACGGCUGCCACGGGCCAGACAGCGACCUACUCUAUCCCGACCUGCUCAAACGCUGGGAACAACUCGGCGCCGUAUCUCUUCGCUACGCCUUUUCCCGCGCAGCAGAACAGUCCGAAGGCUGCAAGCACGUUCAAGACCGCCUUUACCACGACCGCGCCGACAUCGUGGAGCAGUUCGAAGCUGGCGCCAAGUUAUUUGUUUGCGGCAGUCGAGGCGUGGGCGAAAAUGUGCAGGAGGUUUUGAUUAAAAUUGCCAAGGAGCGGGCGAGGGAAGUGCAGGGUAGGGAGGUGGAUGAUGCGAAGGCCAGGGAAUGGUUUGAAGGGUUGCGGAAUGAGAGGUUUGCGACGGAUGUGUUUGCAUAA